AAUUCAGCAGGCUCGCUCGGCCGUUGGCUGCGACUCAGAGAAGAAACUCCGUUGUUGUGGAGGGGAAGAAAGGCUCGAGGGCCCAGCAGUAUCAAACCUACGAGCUUCGGCCAGCAAACCGAGGUUUUUGGGGCUCGCGUUUCUUCUCCAGGGCGUUCCCCCCGUUUUGUUCUGCCAUCAUGGCUUGUGGAGCCACGUUAAAGCGGUCGAUGGAGUUUGAGGCCCUCCUCAGUCCCCAGUCUCCCAAGCGGAGAAGGUGCAAUCCACUACCGGGGACUCCUGGCACUCCGUCCCCCCAAAGAUGCAACCUCCGUCCCCCGGUGGAAAACCCGACGCAUUCGAUGUCCCCUCCGGCCACCGGCGGCGAACACCGGCUCACACCAGAGCAGAUCUUCCAGAACCUCCGUCAGGAGUACAGCCGGAUCCAGAGGCGGCGGCAGCUGGAAGGGGCCUUCAAUCAAACGGAGCCUUGUAGCUCCACUGACGCCCCCAGCCCCAGUUCAUCCCUCAACGCUCCCAGCUCUCCACCAGGUGCCUCAAGGAAGGACCAGCCCUCGUUUACACUGAAGCAGGUGAGCUACCUGUGUGAGCGUCUGCUCAAAGACCACGAGGAGAAGAUUCGGGAGGAGUACGAACAGAUCCUCAACACAAAACUUGCAGAACAAUACGAAUCUUUCGUGAAAUUCACACAAGACCAGAUAAUGCGAAGAUACGGAGCCCGACCUGCGAGUUAUGUCUCCUGAACUCACACAGACUAGAUCCCAGCUUCCAAGACGGCUGCUCUUCAUUUUCAUUUUAUUUCCCCAUUUUUUUUUUCCUACAUCUCUAUUUGGGUGCCAUGGUUUAUCCACUUUUUAAUGCAAAUGUUGAUUUCUUACUUCAAAACUAUUGCUGCUGGCCAAAAGUUAGAAGAAAGGUAAACUGUGUAUGAAGCCCAACAUUUUUGCCCUUUUCUUGUUGAUAUGCUCUUUCUGAAAAUCCUGAUUAAAGCAGAUGUGUGUCAAAUCUGUUGCCAGCGCUGUAGUAAAUGCUCACGUGAUCAUUCUGUAUAACCUGCCAGCAGCUCUAUUUAAUGGCUCCUGCUUUUCCCAAUUCUCUCGUUCCUGCUCCUCACAACUCUUUACCUGAGAAAGUGGAGGUUUUUCCCUUUUGAAAAAAAUAAAAGUUCUGUGACUACAA